GUAACGUAAUUUCAACGUCAGUCAAAUCUGUCCGUUCGACGUGUUGUUUUGUGUCAACUUAAAUUAUUUUUUAUAAUAAUUAGUAAUUGAUUUAGAAAUAUAAAAUAUGGAAUCUGAAGUCAUUAAAGAGAAGAUCCAAACAGAACCAUUAUUAAAUGAUCCUCGAUACAUAACUUUACUUAGCUUAAUUGUCCUCAUUUUUACUCUAGUUUUCUGGUGGUGCUUUUCACGUAGACGUCAUUUACGGCGUUCAGUGCUUCUGACUGGUCUGUCUGAUUCUGGUAAAACUUUGCUGUUUGUAAGACUUGCAUAUUCACAAUACAGGCAGACAUUCACAUCCAUGAGGGAAAAUGUUGAGGACUACAUCACUGCAAAUAAUUCUCUUCGAAUUGUAGACUUGCCUGGCCAAGAAAGGCUUCGUAACAAAUUCUUUGAUCAGUACAAGAAUAGUGCUAAAGCUAUUGUUUAUGUUAUAGACUCUGUUAUAAUACAGAAGGAAAUAAGGGAUGUUGCUGAAUAUUUGUACACAAUUUUAUCAGAUCCUGUGAUCCAAAGUAACAAUCCUCCAAUUUUAAUCUUAUGCAAUAAGCAAGAUCAACCAUUGGCUAAAGGUAGCCAAGUCAUAAAGAAUCUUCUUGAAAAAGAAAUUAAUCUUGUACGCGUCACGAAGUCCAGUCAGCUGCAAUCUGUAGACCCGUCACAAUCAAACAAAUCGACAUAUAUAGGCAAAUUGGGAAAAGAUUUCGAGUUCUCUCAUCUUGGAUGCCGUGUAGAUGUAUCUGAGUGUUCAGCUAAUACUGGCGACGACGAUGCACCUGCCGACAUUAAGACCUUGCAAGAUUGGAUCUCAAAGUUAUAAAUAUUUAACAAGAAAUACUCAACAAUAAAGAAUUUGUCAUAAAUGAGUUCCUAUUUCAAAUUCUUUGCUUUCAAACUGCAUUUCAAUUGUGGUGCUAUAAUAUGAUUUUAGAGCGUUAAUAGGCUGUUCUUUUCAACAAAUGUACUAAUGAAUGAUUCUAAACUAUUUCUGUAUCAAUUAAUGCAAGAUUUCUCAAAUAUUAUAUGUACACUUGUAGAAGUUAAAGUAAUUUAUUAGUCGUUUAGACUAUGUGGUAACAGCUCUAAGGUUUAUAAUUUCACUUAUUAUAAUAUUAAGUUUAAUUUUCUAUAUUAUUAUAGCUUUAAUCAUUUUUAAAAGUUAUAAAAAUGAUUAAAGCUUGUCACAGAGCAAUUAUGAUUUUCUUUAAAUAAUUUACAUUAUAUUUUUGUGUAUAUGGAAUGCUCCCAUUAGUAUUUAGUAAUAACUAAAGUAUAUAUUGUACAUUUAUGGAUUUCGUGAGUAUAAUUCCCUCGUAUAAUAAUGUUGUAUUUUUCCGCUAGGAUUUUUUUUUAAUGUAAAAUGCAUGAAUUUGUCAUAAAGUCCCUUUUAAUUUAGUAACAAAUUUUAUAACCUGGUUAUUCGUAGUUAUCGUUCCAGCCCCUAUAGACAAGUGACAAACUAUUGUAGUUUACGUUGUCGCUAUUGUGCCUGAUAUAGAACUAUGUAAGACGUCGUAUUUGUUUUUUAUACGAGAGCUAACGAAAAAGUAUGUCAAGAACCAUAGAUUCGAUCGUCAUUUGUAUAAGGGCUGAGCAUAUCUCUUUGUGACUUGAAUAAAUGUUAUUGUAUGAAGUGUGAUAUAAGUGUGAAAAAGUUUAUUGUAAGGAAUAAUUGAUACAUUUUUGUAUAAAUUUUACGAGUAUAAGUUUACGAAUAAAACAUUCUUUCAUACUUAA